AUGCAGAAACUCGGACAAGCGCCCGGCGACCAUUGGUCGGAAUCGAGCAUAUCCAUUACAUCCGAAGACGAGCAGGAGGAACUUCAGAAUCUAACACGAAUCGCAUCCAGUCGACAUGGCCGGACAAUCUCGCACACUGCGACGAUCGAUGAGAAGAACGAUCCUCGUUUAGAUCCCACGAAUCCAGAAUUCGACCAUCGGCGGUGGGCAGCGAUGGUACUCAGGGGCGUCGUCUUCUCCAACUUGUGUAUCUCCGGUUCGGGUUCAGCACUACGCCUCCAAGAAACACUUCUGACGCAGUUGACAACUCCUUUCCCUCCCCCACGCCAGAUUCUUCACAAUUUCGACGGGUUGCUUCAGAGUGGGGAGUUGCUGUUAGUGCUUGGUCGUCCUGGAAGUGGCUGUUCGACUUUUCUGAAGACCAUCUGUGGACAUCUCGGGGGCCUGACUCUCGAACCUCAAAGUAAUAUUCAGUAUCAGGGGUUGGCAUAUGAUGACAUGAUCAAGCAUCAUCGUGGCGAAGUUGCCUACAACGGGGAGGUUGACCAACAUUUCCCACAUCUUACUGUUGGCCAGACACUUUCAUUUGCUGCUCAUGCACGUACUCCCCAGAAACGCAUGGAGGGUAUCUCGCGCGAUGAGUAUGUCGACACGCUUACCAAAGUUGUCCUUUCAGUAUUUGGCCUUACCCAAACUAUCGACACCAAGGUCGGAGAUAACUUUAUUCGAGGAGUUAGUGGUGGCGAGCGCAAGCGCGUCAGUAUCGCCGAAAUGUUUCUUUCUCGCAGUCGAAUUGGGGCCUGGGACAACAGCACCCGCGGCUUGGAUUCGGCAUCUGCUCUGAAACUCAUCAAGUCUCUACGUCUUGCUGCAGACAUUGGACAGUCGUGUCAUGCGGUUGCCGCCUACCAAGCAUCUCAGUCAAUGUACGACCUGUUCGAUAAGGUCGUCGUUCUUUACGAAGGAUAUGAGAUUUACUACGGUCCUGUUGAUCGCGCCGUGGCCUUCUUCCAAGAAAUGGGAUGGGAGCUGCCAGAACGCCAAGUCAGUGGUGAUUUUCUCACGUCCAUCACUAAUCCCGGAGAGCGUAGGGCACGUCCCGAUAUGGUCGACAAGGUUCCUCGCACCCCCCAGGAAUUCGCGGACUAUUGGAAGCGCAGCUCCGAAUAUAAAGAGCUCUGCGCUCAGAUAGAGCAAUAUCGACGCGACCACCCGCUCAACGCCGACGAGGCGAGAGAGUUCAAGCAGCACCACGAAGAGCAGCAGGCCCGUCACACCAGGGCUCAGAGUCCCUAUCUUCUAUCUGUGCCGAUGCAGGUGCGUCUCUGCAUCCGCAGGGCGUUUCAGCGAUUGCGCAAUGAUCUCCCCACGGCAAUGUCCACUGUCAUAGUUCAAGUCAUCUUGUCUUUGGUUAUUGGAUCGAUUUUCUACAAUUCGCCCAAUACAACCAGCGCCUUCUUCCAGAAAGGAGCUGUCUUGUAUUUCUCUGUCCUCAUGAACGCCUUGGUCACUAUGAACGAGAUCAUGCAAUUGUACAGUCAGCGGCCGGUUGCUGCGAAACAGGCAGGCUAUGCUUUUGUUCAUCCGUUCGCCGAGUCCCUUGCCAGUAUAAUCAUGGAUCUACCGAUCAAGUUGAUGCGCUGCUCUGUCUUUUGUAUUGUCCUCUACUUCAUGACCAACCUGCGUCGGGAGCCUUCACAGUUCUUUAUCUACUAUCUAUUCUUGAUCACCGCUAUUUUGACGAUGUCGGGGAUAUUCCGAACACUAGCAGCCGCGACUAGGACGGUCACCCAGGCUAUGGCAAUGGCAGGUGUUAUGAUUCUCUGCAUCGUGGUAUAUACUGGCUUCACCUUGCCGCAACCCUACAUGCACCCAUGGCUCUCCUGGAUUCGCUGGAUCAAUCCUAUUUAUUAUGCAUUUGAGGGGUUGGUUUCCAACGAAUUCCACGGGCGCGACUUUCCAUGUGCGUCGCUGAUUCCAAGUUAUGCUACCGGGUCGUCAUUCGUCUGUUCGGCUGUGGGAGCCGUAGCUGGACAACGUUACGUCUCGGGAGAUGCCUUCAUUGAACAGAACUACGAGUACUCGUACUCUCACAUCUGGAGAAACUUCGGUAUCUUGGUUGCAUUCAUGAUCUUUUUUACCUGCACCUGCUUGUUCUUCUCGGAAAUCAAUACUGGAGAAUCAUCCAAGGCAGAAACUCUGGUCUUCCGCCCUGGUCACGUUCCUCAGUUUUUGGCUGCUUCAGAUGGAGUAGAAGGUGGCAAGGCAGCUCCUCCCAAGCCUGAACUACAGAGUAACGACGACGAGGUCAUCCAUCUUCCUGAACAAACGGAUAUCCUCUCGUGGAAGGCCCUCAAUUACGACAUCCCGGUCAAGGAGGGUACGCGGCGGCUAUUGGACAACGUCAACGGAUGGGUCAAGCCUGGCACAUUGACGGCACUGAUGGGUGUUUCUGGCGCUGGAAAGACGACGCUUUUGGAUGUCCUCGCUCAGAGAGUGUCUAUUGGCGUGGUGACCGGUGAUGUCCUGGUUAACGGGAGACCUCUGGCGCCUAAUUUCCCGCGGAGAACUGGAUACGUGCAGCAGCAGGACCUUCAUCUGGAAACAACCACGGUCCGCGAAGCCCUCCGCUUCAGCGCCAUGCUUCGCCAACCCAGGUCUGUGUCCAAGGACGAAAAAUUCGGAUAUGUUGAAGAAGUCAUCAAGAUCCUGCGCAUGCAAGACUUCGCCGAGGCGGUUGUGGGCUCAUUGGGCGAGGGCUUGAAUGUGGAACAAAGAAAACUACUUAGUAUCGGUGUCGAGUUGGCUGCCAAGCCAACACUACUGGUAUUCCUGGAUGAGCCAACCAGUGGUCUAGAUUCCCAGAGCUCAUGGACGAUCUGCUCACUUCUGAGAAGACUGGCGAACCAUGGUCAAGCCGUGCUUGCUACAAUUCACCAGCCGAGUGCCUUGCUGUUCCAAACCUUUGAUCGCCUGCUUUUCCUCGCGAAGGGGGGCAGGACUGUCUACUUUGGCGAUAUUGGACCUAACUCUCGGAUCCUUCUCGAUUACUUCGAACGCAACGGCGCCCGUCACUGUGGCGACAUGGAGAAUCCGGCUGAAUAUAUCCUCGAGACUGUCUCAGGUGAUAAUGCCAAAGGGCCCGACUGGGUGCAGAUCUGGAAUGGAAGUCCCGAGUUCAAGGAGGUCUACGCCGAAGUCACUCGACUUCAGGAUGCUCAGCAACAACCCGAGCCUCAGAUUCAUCCGGGUGAUGACAGCGAUGCUGAGUUCGCUAUGCCCUUGACCAGCCAGCUUCGCUACGUCCUGCAACGUGUUUUCCAGCAGUACUAUCGCCAGCCAGAGUAUCUGUUUUCCAAAUACGUACUAGGCAUUAUAUCCGGACUUUUCAUUGGUUUCUCGUUCUUUAAAUCCAACAACACGCAGCAAGGCUUCCAAAACACUCUCUUCAGCAUUUUCCUACUAUGUACCAUUUUCAACACCCUCGUCAACCAGAUAAUGCCAAAGUUCGUCCGGCAGCGAGCGCUCUAUGAAGUCCGGGAGCGCCCCUCCCGGGUCUAUUCCUGGAAGGUGUUCAUGAUCUCGCAGGUGCUCGUCGAGAUCCCGUGGCAGAUUGUCCUUGGGAUCUGCUCCUGGUCGUGCUACUACUGGACGGUGAUCGGAACCGACCAGGACGCCGAACGUCGUGGUCUUGCUCUGUUGUUCAUUGUCCAGUUUUUCAUCUACGCAUCGAGCAUGGCUCAGCUGGUCGUCUGCGCCAUCGGCGAGCCAACCCUAGCCGCCAUGCUGGCCACCCUGAUGUUCGGUUUCGCCUUUAUCUUCAACGGCGUCAUGCAGCCGCCCGGGGAUCUACCCGGCUUCUGGAUCUUUAUGUACCGGGUGUCGCCGUUCACGUACUACAUCGGCGGCAUGAGCAGCACGAUCCUGCACGGACGGCCCGUGGAGUGCAACUCGGCGGAGCUGAGCGUCUUCGACCCUCCCGCCGGCCAGACUUGCGGGCAGUACAUGGCGCGGUACGUCGCUGCUGCCGGUGGUCGGCUGUACAACUCCAACGCCACCUCAGGGUGCGAGUAUUGCUCGAUGACAUCGGCGGACCAGUACCUGGCGCUGCGGUGGAUCUACUGGGACGACCGCUGGCGGAACUAUGGGCUCUUCUGGUGUUAUUUUGUCUUCAACGUGGCAGCGGCCAUCACCCUUUACUAUGUGUUCCGGGUGAAGAAGUGGGGAAGGAAGUAG